AUGUAUAGUGAGAGUCAACAAAUAAUUCUUGGUACAUUCAAUAUGCAUACAACAGCAAUAAACGAUGCACAACAGCGUCUCAUUUAUUAUAAUGUUACUGAUUUAGAAAUUGAUAUACCAUUAAAUACAAAAUAUUCAAACAGUCUAUCUCCUUUUACAUCAUAUCAAAAUAUUGAUUCUCUCUCAAUUCUAAUGAAACGUUUGAGAACCAGUUUAUGGAAUACUGUGAUUAAACUAAUUGGUAUCUAUUAUAAUGAUGAUAAGAAAGAACAAACUGAACGUUUUAACCAAAUUGCAUGUCUUAUUAACCUAGAACAAAUACGUACAUGUUUAGCACUUGUUGAUAUUCUUCUGGGUGAUUUAGCUGAUUUAAUUCAUUUAAAAAUAUAUUUUAAUAAAUAUACAUUACUUCAUAAUCCAUGUCCGAUAGAUUAUAUUAGAGAAAAACGUUGUCGAGCAUUUCCAUUCCACAUCUGCAAUAAAGAUGAAAAUUUCGUCGAAAAAUCAAUGUCAUCUUAUGCACGAUUAUCAAAAGCUCUUGAUGGUCUUGUCGAAUAUUUUAAUAAUGAAGAACACUAUUUACCAAAAGAUAUUCUCAAAACUGAUAAAUACAAAUUAGUAAAAAAAUUAUUAAAAUAUCAAUCUACCGAUACACAAUCGUUAAUAAAAAUGUAUUAUCAAGAAAAAGUUCACGAACAAGAUCGUGCUAAUAGUUCAAUUAUUUCAUGUAAAAAUCUAAGACCAUGUGAUUCAAAUGGUUUAAGUGAUCCAUAUGUUGAAGUACAAUUAUGUCCAAGAUUUUUAUAUCCUCAUAUUGAAAAACAACAAACAUCAGUUAUAAAAAAAAAAACUCUUAAUCCACAAUUUAAUGAAAAAUUUGAAUUUCGAUUAACAGAAAAAGAAUGUAAUUUAUCAGGUGAAAUCGUACAUUUUAUAGUAAUGGAUCAUGAUUUAAUGUGGUCAAAUGAUUUUGAAGGUGAAGCAUUUCUCGAAAUAUGGAAAAUAACUGGAAUUAAUAAUGACAAUCGAGCUAUAGAUGAAUUAAAACAAAUUGAAUUAGCAUUAACGCAUCCGAAAGUUGUACGAAGUUGUAUUAUUAAAAUAUUGGAACAACGAAUAACCGAUAAAAUAGCGAUUGACUUUGUUAGAAGACGACGUGAAAAAGAAAAUCAAUGA